AUGCCCUUCCAGAAUGGCCAUCCUUGCCAAGGAGGGGUUUUCCUCCUGACCAUCCACUUUCCUACAGAUUACCCUUUCAAGCCCCCAAAGUUCUCCUUCAAAACCCAGAUCUACCACCUCAAUAUCAACAGCAGCGGCAGCACCUGCCUCGACAUCCUUCAGGCUCAGUGGUCUCCGGCCCUGAUGGCAUCAAAAGUUCUCCUAUCCAUCUGCUCCUCACUGUGCAACCCCGACCCUGAUGACCCCCUGGUGCCAGAGAUAGACACCUACAAGGCCGACACAGAAAAGUACAACAGGUUAGUGAGACAGUGGACACAGAAAUAUGCCGCGUGA